AUGCGGGCGAUUCAGUUGUGUCAGGGCGAGAACGUAUUCGGCGGCGGGUUGCGCGAGCGGGACAUAUUUAAAAGAGGUUUGGUGCGACAGGUGGUGUACGAUGAAGGCGAGUACGUGCUAAAAGAAGGCCAAGCGUGGGAUCACGAGCAGCGCAAUUCCCGUUCCGGUGGGUACUCGGUGUACUUCGUCAUUCGAGGCGCGUGCGCGGCGACCAAGCUGGUGCACCCGCGGCAUCCGCGGGUGCACACGCGAGAGGCGCUCAAGUUCGCGAACGACCCUAUGACGAUAUUGCGCCCAAUCCCGACGCAAGUGGCGCACUUGAAUGCUGACGCGUCGGACAUGUCGGCAUCGGUGCGACAGCGCGCGCUGGACAUGAAGAGAGCGGAUCAAAAGUCCGAGGUUGAGGUCGCAAAGUUUAUUCGAGGUUGCUACUUUGGAGAUUACGAGGUGCUCAAAGGCCGCAUCCCGAGACGAUGUUCGGUGCGUUCGUUGGUGAAAAACACCGCACUAGCGAUCAUGCCGGGCGAUGUCUUCGAGAGACUGUGUCGGCGAGGGACAAAACUACGCGAGCGCGUCGAAGCAGAUCACUCUUUAUUCAUUUAG